UGACCUGAAGCGUCACCUCCGCACACACACACACAGGGGACACACCAUUCCAGUGCUCCCUCUGUGAUGCCAAGUUCAAGAUUAACUCUGACCUGAAGCGUCACAUGCGCACACACACAGGGGAGAAACCCUAUGGCUGUGAACUGUGUGACUACAGAUGUUCCAUCAGAGGGAACCUGAAAAGCCACAUCCGUAUAAACCAUUCCAAUGAGAAUGAGGUGAAGUGCAACUACUGUGACUUCCAGACAUCAUCACGGAAACUACUUCGGGAACAUAAGAAGAUUCAUGACACAACCCAUCCAGUAAAGUGUCCAACAUGUAAUUAUUGCUGUGCUAACAACAGUGCCCUCAAGGCUCAUAUGCGCAUCCACAGUGAUGAACGGCCAUUUAACUGUAACUUCUGUUCCUACUCAUCAAAGCAAAGUGGUAAUGUGAAAACCCAUGUACGUAAGAAACACCCAGAAAAGAUGCUGGGAGAUCGUAAACCAGGCAGAACAAUUAUGAAGAAGGGUGCUAGGGCUGUGGCUACGAAUACACCCAGUCCAACUAAAACACGAGAGGAGAGAGGAUAUGGGUCCAAUCUUAAACCAAAUUGUAAGAAAACAUUCAGUUGUAAUAUAUGCACAGCUGCGUUUGUGAGAGAGGACUCUCUGAGAAGCCACAUGAGACAACACUGCAAGGAGAUCGCACAGAACCUUGAGAGCACAGCCUUGGCUGUUCUUCAGCUCCAGAAUGCAGGCCCAAGUGACAGCCAGAUGUCAGACACAGUCGUGUCAACCAUCGCCAAUAUGGUCCAUCCUGGGGACCAAAUGGAGACUGAGAUGGAGGCGGUGAUGGUGGCAUCACCCAGCAGCAUCGUUUCCAGUGUCAAUGUCGUCCAGUCGCCAGUCGUCUCCCACACAAUCCAGACGUCUGCUCAGAUGGCUCAGCAGAGGAUGAACAUCAGGAGGAAGAGAUCCAGUAGUCGUGGUGGGCUUCAGGACAUUGCUGAAGCUGCUGCAACCCUCUCCCAGAUUCCCCACGGAUGUCCCUCCCCGGUCCGACCGACAUCACCCUAUCAGCAUCAGCAGCAGUACGUGACCACCUCCAGGGCACACACUGCCGCAAAUAUGGGAUUCCCCGAUGAAUCCCUGUCCCUUGGUCAGCUUCCUCCAACGUCAGAACAUCAGAAUAUGCAUCAUCAGCAAUUUAUACAAAGCUCUCAGAGCAUGCAAGUCCUGCAGAACCCCUACCCAGGACUGAAGCUGAUCAACAACAAGCCUUACCCAUCAAACGAUGGAGUCCCACAUUCCCUGCCUCACCACCACCAGGUGGUCCAACACAUGAACCCUCAUCAGCUUCCUCCUCGGGGCAUCGGGCAGCAGCCUGAGGCAGGGGCCAUUAACUUACAGGUUGUCCAACCACCUGACCCUUACCCGGUCAGCCUGGUCACACGUGACCUUCAACUUCAACAGCAGCAAAACCAACACCAGCAACAGCAGCAGCAACAACAGCAACAGCAGCAGCAGCAGCAACAACAACAUAUGCACCAGUCCCAACUGGCACAACAUACACAUCCUCAGCACCUACAACCUCAACAACACCCCCAGCAGCAACAGCAGCAUCAUGGAGCAGCAUCAGCAACGCAGCCUGCACAGAUACAAAUAAUCCUUCCAUCAAGUGGCUUCUCCUCCCCCCAUCAUGCCAACCAACAAGUGCCUCAGGUGUCGCUCCCAAGUCAGGUGUCACAGUCCGGUCGUCCACAGAUUGUCGUACAGUUCCAGGAACCGGCAGUGUCGGCGCCUGCGCCACAGCCAAAUGUCAUUACGCUGUCCUCGUCUGUCUGUCAGGCUCUCAUCUCACAGAUGCGAAUGCAAGAUUCAAUAGCAGGCCAGAACACAGGCUAUCAACCAGACAGUACGUCUGUGACGUCCCAGGAAGUUGUUGUUGCCGUUGAUGCACAAGGAGCAACGUCAUCCCAUGGAGAGAUGUCGCCUCUGCUUCAAUACCAGAGAUUGGAAGGGAACUCAGGCUGAAAAGAUGGAGUAUUUUCAUGAUUCUCCACAGCUUUCAGACCAUCACCUCCACUCCACAGAAUAUCAAAAGGCUGCCUGGAGGUAUCAAUACUGUCACUGAGCUAAAGGGCAUUGGAGCUAGUCUGUGAGGAUCUCUCUAAUUUGAGACCAAGAUGGCUGCAACAGCUGCAUCACUAGAAUGAAGCUUCAGUGGCUGAUGAAGACUCCGAUGUGUUCAGACUGUAAACUUUGAAUAAACUUGCCCUGUAUAAUUGA